CUUCAUGAUUAUUUUUUGGUAUGAAGGAUAGUAUGGAGUAUUUGAUUUGUAUUAUCAGAACUUUACUGAUUACCCACCAUAGUGAUUGGAAGUUGGAUUAUGAACCAGGUUAAUAUUUAUUCUAAAAUAAAGUUAUUCAGGCUAAUUACCGGAUGAAUGAAGAUCUAAAUAUGGUUACUCUUACAAUUGUGACUUUAAUCGACUUUGGGCAUUUGAUCUAUUUAGGUUUGAGUUUAUUAUUAUGAAACCAUGGAAUCAAUUAUGGGUUGGCCUAGUAGUAACUGCAACAGGUUCAGAAGUUAAGAACUUUGGGGACAUAGGUUCAAACUUAUGGCGAUCUUCCUAGGAUGUUAAAAGUUCUUCGAGUUUCCUAAUAGCUACUUAUUGUAGUGUAGAUGCUUAUCUCCCAAGUCCUUAGCCUAGGAAAUUUAUCCCUUCUAAGUGGUUGUUCUAAACUAGCUUAAGUUUAUAUUAGUUCUUAAUGCUGCCUUGUGGGGUAAUACUAAAAACAAUCAUGGCGGGUAAUAUUUAGGAAAUACGAACGGGAUUUUCUGUAACCUCUUAGACCAUAUGGAUGUCUUCAUUUUUGUAGUGGCCAUGAUUGUUGAUCUUCUUAUUGUUAUCACUGCCAAGUUUUUUAAUCAGUUUCUAUUCAUUCUUGGUGAUUUGUUAUUGUUUGUUUUGUUUUUAAAGAAUUGAACCAGGGAUUAUGCCUCUGUUAUUAUGCAGCUGAAAAGGAAAAACCUAGAUGAGGAACUACUCUUCUUGAGGUUUCCACGCCCUUGUAAGGAAUGCUUCGUUCCCCUCUCCAACCAAUGUGGGAUCUCACACUAUACAUACAAAUUCUUGGUAAGGAAAUUUCCUUCUCAAGUGGAACAAGAAACCACUCAAUAUCUGGAGAGUUCUGGUGAUGCUAAGGAUUGUGCUGGUGGUGGUGACCUAGAGAGCCUCUGUAGCCCUGAGGAGUUCUCCUCGAGCGUCGAUCAACUCAAUCAAAACUUUAACAAAUCUCUCGUUCUUAAAAGUUCGUCCUCUCGUUCAUCCCCAAUUGAAGUAAAAGAUAGUUCUAAGCUGAGUAUGAAGCAAUCAGAAGUUACUGAUAAGAAGGAAACUAAAAGAAGGUAUGCUGCGGGAAUGGGAACGACUGGUAAUGAAAAUUAUGCAUAUUUGGAUCUCAAACUGUCGCCUCCAGGGGUCUACUUAAGGGGUAAAUCAUCGAAUGAAUCGAAAUCGUCAUCCCCAAAAUCUCAAGACUCAUGCGUAUCUGCGGAGGUCGAGUCAAAUGUAAACUUGGAGAAUAACCUUGAAGUUGAAGGUUCGCCCUUAAUUGUGAUGGGAUGUACUUUUUGCCUGCUUUAUGUGAUGGUGACAGAUGAUGAUCCCAGAUGCCCUAUAUGCAAAAAUUCUGGCUUGCUCGACAUUUUCCGUGGAAAUCAGCCGAAGAGAUCGAGAAAAAACUAGUUUCCUUUCAAGGAGUGUGUAGAGUAUGCUCUUGAACUGAUGCACCCUCUGCCUUUCUUUUCUUAGUGUCUGUCUUCCUUGUUGCUGCUGCUGCUGCUGGUGCAUGCACUUGGGGAGCAAGCAUAGCAUCUUCAAUAAAGAACAUGGUUUAUGUUUCCUUUUGCUCUUUAGUUUGGCUGUCUUUGCCCUUGUUUUGAGAAGGCCAUUUCAUAAGGAUAAGGUCUUCAAACAGGUCUUUAUAUAACAUAUUAAGUUUCUGUGACUCUGUUCUACAA